AUGGAUAACAGCAGUUUGGGAUUGCUCGGAGAUGCUAACACAUCUCUUCAGAUUGAACUUCAAUCCUGUACUACAUUGAGGAACCAGGUCUCUCGCAUUUCACUGUAUGCCUUCCUCUCUGUUGGCAUCGUCUGCACAGUAGUGGGCAACUUUCUGGUGGUCUUGUCCAUCGCCUACUUCAAGCAGUUGCAGUCACCCACAAACUCCUUUGUCAUGUCCCUGGCAGUGGCUGACUGCCUUGUUGGCCUGGUAGUGAUGCCAUAUAGUAUGAUUCGGACCGUGGAAGGAUGCUGGUACUUUGGUGUCCUUUUUUGUAAGCUACACUCUAGCCUAGAUGUCAUGCUCUGCACUGCCUCUAUAUUUCAUCUCAGCUGCAUUGCCUUUGACCGCUACUAUGCUGUCUGCAAUCCGCUUGUUUACUCUUUAAAAAUGUCCCGCAGUCGGGUAGCUCUCCUUAUUGUUGUAUGUUGGGCUGUUCCCAUGCUCAUUUCCUUUGGCCCCAUAAUGCUAGAUCUCCAUGUUGCUGGUGUAGACAUCCUGCUCCCUAAAGAUGAAUGUGUGUUCUUGGUCAAUCGCAUUUAUGCUGUCAUGGCUUCCUUGGUAGCCUUUUACUUGCCGAUGGCUGUCAUGCUAAUAGCUUACUGGAAGAUCUUCCAAGCUGCCAAACGUCAGGCCAGGCAGAUCAACGCCAUGGAAAGCCAGAUGGCUGCUGGAGUGGGCAAAGACUCAAGCAAGAAACAAAGACACCGAAACACUAUGAAGAGGGAAAGAAAGGCAGCAAAAACUUUGGGGAUAAUUAUGGGAGUUUUCCUAAUCUUUUGGAUGCCUUUCUUUACAGUCAACAUUGUGGACCCGUUCAUUGAAUACAGCACGGAAGUGGUCAUCUGGGAUAUAUUUUUGUGGCUAGGAUAUAUCAACUCAUCUCUAAAUCCCUUCCUGUAUGGUUUCUUCAACCGUUCCUUCCGUAGGGCAUUCCUAAUGUUCAUUGGCUGCAGGGUAUGCCUGCCUGGAUCCUCCCCUGGGAUGGAGCUGUCGCACACUAAGGAAAGAGGCAAAUGAACGUGCAGAUCAACCAUGAAAUAAAGAUAAUAUCUGUAUAUUUUUUGUAGGCAUAUAAAGCUUACUUAACAGUAAGUGCUGCAUUUUUGUGAAUCAAUGGCACUAUUCAGAGU